UAUGAUAAAUUUGUAGUAUUGUGAGAGAAGUAGUUUCGAUGACAGGCGUGAAAGUGUAUGGAUUGCCGAUCUCGACAUGCACGUCAACCGUCAUGAUUUGUCUUCAUGAAAAGCAAAUUCAUUUCCAACUUCUUCAUGUCGACCUUUUCAAUGGUGAACACAAGCAACCACCAUUUUUGGCUAUCAAUCCCUUUGGCCAAAUUCCAGCCCUAGAAGAUUGUGAUCUUACCUUAUUUGAAUCAAGAGCAAUCACAUCCUACAUCGCAAACAAGCACAAGGAAACAGGACCAGAUCUUCUAUUGCAACACCAAACCCCCAGAGAAGAAGCCAUUGUGAAGCAAUGGAUGAAGGUUGAGUCUCACCACUACAACCCUGCAAUAAGUCGUAUCAUCCAUGAGUUCUUCACUGCUCACCUUCGAGGCCACAAGCCCAACCAGCACCUCAUUGACCAGAACUUGGAGCACCUAGGCACCGUGCUCGACGUGUACGAGAAGCGCCUAGGAGCCACCAAGUACUUGGCCGGGCCUCGGUACACCUUGGCUGAUCUCCACCACCUCCCUUGCACGUUCUACUUCAUGAAGACGCCAUGGGCUUCAAUGAUUAAUGAUCGACCGAAUGUCAAGGCUUGGUGGGAUAAUAUUUCAUCCCGCCCUGCGUUUCUUAAAGUUAUUGAGGGGAUGGAUAAUUUUGAUUUUGGUGGUGAUAACAAGAAAAAGUGAUUUUUUUUUUUUUUUUUGUCUUUUGAUAUGAUGUAAAAUUUUAGAGAAUGAAUGGAAUCUAUUAGGGAAAAAUGAUUGACGUUGCUUUCAUUCUAGUUUGUCAAUAUUUUUGAGAAACC